AAGCCAAAAUAGUUUCAAACCAAAGGAGGUUACUUCACUCUGUUAAUCGACUGCAUUAAAACCUGCACGUCUGAGUGAGCUCAUCCUGGCCACGAUGUGUGUGAAGUUCUAUUGUUAAGUAAGACAGGACGCUUUGUUUCCCACUGUGGUAAACACCAUCGGUGCUCGUCACACUCUCAGUGUUGCUUUCAGAGGCAGCUCUCAGCUCUGUGCUCAGAAAUGGACAGCGGUGCUCAAGGAGGUAAAGCGUUUGGUCUUCUCAAGACUCAACAGGAAGAAAAAUUGAACUCUAUCAAUGAGGCUUAUCUCUCAGAUCCCCAGUAUGCAGAAGAGGAAGACCUCAGCUCAAAGCUUGAGAUGUUUAAAAAGAAAUACAUGGAGUUUGAUCAUAACGACAAAGGAGAAAUAGAUAUCAUGGGUUUGAAACGGAUGCUGGAAAAACUGGGAUUGGCCAAGACUCACUUGGAGCUGAAAAAGAUGAUGUCAGAGGUCUGUGGAGGAACAUCGAAAGAAACCUUCGGCUACCAUGACUUCCUGAAAAUGAUGCUGGGAAAAAGGAAUGCCAUUCUAAAACUGAUCUUGAUGUUUGAAGGCAUGGGGAAGGAGCAGGAGUCCAAAGAAGCUGCACCACCUCCUCGCAAAACCUUUUCAGACUUGCCCUGAGGAAGAGGCCCGCCGUCACAGCAGGACAUGACUGUAAUAGACUUUUUUGCUUAAGAAGAUUAAUGUCAUUACGAAACUACAUCAAACAAAUGAAACAAUGUGCAAUUCUGAGGAACUUUUUGUGUGACUGCGGCUACAUCACAGAUUGUCCGCCUAUAUCCUCUGUAUGAUGUUGCAUUACUGCAACACAAAAACAACCUAUUGAUGUUUGAAUCUACACAGGAGUGGUCAUUAGACAAAACUGUUGUGAUAUCACUUGGUUUUUAUGUGAGAUAACCAACAUUUUUACGCUUACGCAAUGACAAUGACAUGCUACCACAGUUGUGUUGGAAAUUCAUUAAAAAGUGAAUAGAAAAAA